ACACAAACGCCCCAGCCCCGCCUUCUCUCUGCCAUGGAAGAAGCUGCGAAGUUACUUUGUUCCGGUGGUGGCUACGGCGAUUUGGCCGCCGAAGGGGAAGGAAAGUGCUCCGUCGUCAUUGCUGCGAUAUCUUCUGCCGCCGCGGAAAUCAACAACGGAGAUAGUUCCGGUGAAGGUGAAGCCGACUAUCACCACCGCAACGGCGGCGGCGACUCCGAUUACCGGCGGCCUCGAAAGUUGAGAAAGUAUCGCUCCAUAGCCGCGAUUUAUCAGUCCACCAAACCCUCGGAGAUCACCAUCAACACCACCGCCAAACGCCGUCGAGGGAAAAACAACGGCAAGAAGGCAGCAAAGAGAACAAUGAAGGCGGCGGCGGCGGAUGAUGAAGAAGUUGGAAACAAAGCGGCGGCGGCGGUGUCGACUGGCGGCGGCGACAGUAAUUUUAUAGAGGUGGAGAGUUUGGAAGAAGCUGCAGAGAUGGAGGAGGCGUGCCGGAGAAGAAAGCCCAAGUUUCGAUCGAUCCUUGAGCUCUAUGAGAUUCUUAAUUAA